AUGAAAUGUGAAUUCAUUUAAGCGUAAUCUUAAUAGAUUUACUAAAAAAUUGCUACUAUUAUGAAACCUACUUGUGAUGUUUAAAAUUAUGUCAAAACAUUAAUACUUUUAGGAACAAAUUAAGUAGAUGAUGAUUGGUUAUCUUGUAAAAAACGUUUUGAAUUUGCAAUCAAUAGAAUUCUUCUAGGUAAUACAGAUUAGAAUAAUUAUCUUUUUUGUGAGAAAAUACUUUUAAAACCUUUCAAUAAAUAAACUCAAUUAGGAAGAGAUUUACAUUCAUUAUUAAAUAAUUGUUUGAACUUUUGUAAAGGAGAAAACAAAUGUAAAAGAAGUAAAAGUGGGUUAACAACAGCAAAAGUAUGUGAUAAUACUUAAUUAAAUAAUUCUACAAAAAUAGGAGCAUUAGUAAAGUCUUUCAAAGAAGAAUAUUAUAAAAUGAUAGAUACAAGACCUUCACUUAAAAGCAGAAUGGCAGAAGAAAGAGCAAAUAGACAUAUAGAAUAAAUUAAAGAAAAAAUAAAAAGAACUAAUAAAACAAGUUACUUUAUAUCUCCAAGAAGAGAAUAAUAAGAGAAAGCUAAAAGUUUAAAUAAAUGA